ACAGUACCACAACAAAGUUGAAACUUAAGAGAGCUUUUAAUACUAUUGAAGAAACAGAGUAAAAGUCUUAGAUGAAACCAUAACUGCAAAAACAGAGAGCAAACUGUUUCAUCUUUUUCUUAUGUUACUCUCAGAUUAAAAGAAGAAGUAAGACUCGAUUCAAGUUGUAAACUUUAAGAUCAUGUUUCCUAAAAAGCCAACCGAUUCAUCUACCACACAUCAACAUAGCUUUGACGAGGCUCGAUGGGUCAACAACGUCAGAAAAUCUCUGGACGCAGAGCUCGAAGAACAACACCCUCUCGAACAAGUCACAGUCAGCAUUUUCACCGUCCCUAAAGCACUAAUGUGUAGCACCCACCGAGACUCAUACACACCUCAGCGAGUUUCCAUCGGACCUUACCACUGUCUCAAACCAGAGCUUCACGAAACAGAGCGGUACAAACUAGCGAUCGCCAAGAAAUUUCGAAACCAAUCUAAAUCUUUCAUGUUCCACUACCUCGUCGAGAAGCUACACUCCAUGGAGGCCAAGAUCCGAGCUUGCUAUCAUAAGCAUAUCAACCUGAACGAGGAGACUCUGCUGUGGAUAAUGGCGAUAGACUCGUCGUUCCUGAUCGAGUUUCUUAAGGUUUAUUACAGUUUCGGAAAGGUGGAGACUUUGAUUAACAGAGCCGGUCACAACGAGAUUCUCAGAGAUAUAAUGAUGAUCGAGAAUCAAAUCCCGUUGUUCGUUUUGAGGAAAACGCUUGAAGUUCAGCUCGAGUCGACGGAAGCAGCUGCUGAUGAUCUGUUGCUCUCUAUUCUCACGGGACUAUGCAGAGAUCUCUCUCCUCUCGUUAUCAAAUUUGAAGACGAUCAGAUUUUGAAGGCUAGGUUUCGUGAGUUUAAUCAUAUCUUAGACUUCUUGUAUCAGAUGAUCGUUCCGAGAAUCCAAGAAGAAGAGGAAGAAGAAGAAGAAGAAAACAGAGCAGGUAACAAUGGCGAAAAGAGAGGAUGUAAGUUUCUGAGAGAGACGAAGCUUCAGUUCAAAAGGGUCUUCGCGUCUAGACCUGCGGAUAUCAUCUUGAGACUUCCAUGGAGAGUCGUAUCAAAUCUCCCUGGCUUCAUCGCUCUGAGUUAUCUCUUCACCAGGCAAGAAAACGAAGCAACAGCAACAACUGUCUCUGUUUUCGACAUGGAAAAGCCUCCUCUAGUCGAAGAACUCACGAUCCCAUCAGUCUCCGAACUCCACAAAGCCGGAGUUAAGUUCAAACCAACACAAAACGGUAACGUUUCGACGGUAUCAUUCGAUUCAAACACUGGUCACUUUCACCUCCCUGUGAUAAACCUAGACAUCAACACGGACACGGUUCUUCGAAACCUCGUUGCUUACGAAGCUUCUAACACUUCGGGAGGACCAUUAGUGUUCACUCGUUACACCGAGCUGAUAAACGGGAUCAUCGAUUCGGACGAAGACGUUAGGUUGCUUAGAGAGCAAGGCGUUCUCGUGAGCCGUCUCAAGAGUGACGAAGAAGCUGCUGAGAUGUGGAACGGUAUGAGCAAGUCUGUGAGGCUGACCAAGGUUGGGUUCUUGGAUAAGACUAUUGAGGAUGUGAACCGGUACUAUACCGGACGGUGGAUGGUUAAGAUUGGAAGAUUUGUUGACGUUUAUGUUUAUGGUUCGUGGAAGAUUUUGGCAUUUUUGGGGGCGGUUUUGUUGUUGAUUCUGGUUUCGUUGCAAGUGCUCUCGUUGGUGUUUGGCUCCUUGAGGCUGUUUGGAUUGAGAACCGGUUAGGCAUAACUGCAUUUGGCCAUGCUGUGAUUUGGAUUUGAUAUGGUUUACUGUGAUUCUCUUUUGGUUUGGGUACAUUUAAUUAGGGCUGGGAUUUUGAACCGAAUCGAACUCGCCAAUCCGAAUCAAUAUGUUUUU